CAGGUAAUCCAAUCGUCCCACGCCGACUACAUUCACAAGGUUGCGUUCGAUACGUACGGUCGUCGGAUGGCGACUUGUGCGGGUGAUCGAUUCGUCCGCGUGUGGGACUUGACGGAUGAAGGGACCUGGAGUUUGGCCGCACAGUGGCAAGCGCACCGGGGAGCUGUGACGAGCAUUAGCUGGGCGCAUCCUGAAUUCGGAUCUCUCUUGGCAACCUGUGGAAGCGAUCACGACGCCAAAAUCUGGGAAGAACGACACGCAACCCAUAACGCCGCGACUGCCAACGGCUCCACGACUGCGGCCUCCUUGGCUUCUCGCUGGACGAUCCGGGCCGCUUUGACGGAAGCCCGUCGGUCCGUGACGUGUGUAGAGUUUGCACCGCGUCACUGGGGACUAAAGCUCGCUGUGGGUUCCGCUGACGGAUGCGUCCGCAUUUACGAAGCCGUUGAUGUUAUGAACCUGUCGCAAUGGCCCCUCGCUGCGACCUUGCAAUCCUUCGCCGAAGGCAAUCAUUUGGGCUGUACCUGCUUGAGCUGGUCGACCGGACGCUUCGAACCACCCACGCUCGUAGCGGGGGGUAGCCACGUUGUCAUUUACCGCUACAGUGAAUCAGCACGGUCGUGGUUACCCUUACUCCAGUUACCACCGCCGGAAAAGGGCGACGUCUUGGAUGUUGCCUGGGCGCCUAACGUGGGACGACGUUUUCACCUCAUUGCGUCGGCAGAAGAUCAAGAACUGCGCAUUUAUCGCUUAGCACGGGAAAUGAAUAUCGAAAGUGGCAAUGCUGGAGCCCCGGGGACAACGGAGACCAAUCUGACCCUGGAAUCGCCACAGACUAUUAACACGAACGCUUGGCGAUGCCAAUGGAACGUGACUGGCACAGUUUUGGCGAGUUCCGGAGACGGCGGUGUAGUACAAAUGUGGAAAGCCAACAACAACGGACACUUCGAAUGCGUAUCAACCAUCCAAGGUGAU